GGGUUUGUCUUUUAUUUUGGAGAAUAAAAGUUAAAAGUCCUUCUUUAUAUGUAGUGUUCACAUAGCAAGGGCUGUUGAAUGCCUCAAACUCGUUACCUGGAAAAUAAAAAAGAGGGACGAAUAAUGGUGGUCAGUUUAGGAGAGCUCCGGGCAGCAGCUUCAGUUCUGCUGUUUCUGCUCUUCUGUGAGGCGACUUGUUUUGCACGCGCAGAAAAGAGUAUUGAAGACGUGCGGUGCAAAUGCAUUUGUCCUCCAUACCGGAACAUCAGUGGCCAUAUCUACAACAGGAACGUCACCCAAAAAGACUGUAACUGUCUGCAUGUGGUGGUGCCCAUGCCAGUGCCUGGUCAUGAUGUGGAGGCUUAUUGUCUUCUCUGUGAGUGCAAGUAUGAAGAGCGAAGCAGCAAUACCAUCAAGGUAACUAUAAUCAUCUACCUGUCUGUGGUCGGUGCUCUACUACUGUACAUGCUGUUCUUGCUUUUGGUGGAGCCUCUGAUCCGUAGGCGUGAUCCCUACAGACAACCACUGCAGAACGAGGAAUAUUCUGAGGAUGCGAGGGCUCCAGGCCGAGGGAACACGGUGCUGGAGCGAGUGGAAGGAGCUCAGCAGCGCUGGAAGAAACAGGUUCAAGAGCAGCGCAAGACUGUGUUCGAUCGCCACAAAUUGCUUAGCUAAACUCUCAGUUAUAGUGUUAUUCAGCAAAGGCAAGCUGACCCCUUCUGAGUUUCAUGAUUUAUUUAUUUUGCUAACAAUGGGACCACAUAUGUCUCUUGUCAUCAGUGAGGCUUUUUUGCAUAGCAUUCUGUUUGCUAUUUAAAGCUCAGUAGAAAUCAAUAUGCUUCAAAUGAUAUUCAACAGAAAUGAUUAGGCUUGUUAUAUAAACUGGAGAAUUCCUUAUAAUGUCUGCAUAGAUUAGACUUAUAGGUUAUAUUGCAAAUAUUGUGAGAAGUGGGCUGUGUUGCAAAAUAAUGUGAAUACUUUGAUAUUCUCAGCUUUUCUCCCAAACAAAAUAGAUUGAGCAAGCAAAUGUAGUAAUUUAACAACAUAGGAUUCCUGCUCAUGUUAGAUGCAUACACUGCAGAAGAUGACGUCUUAGCAUGAUAAUAUCUGGAAUUGAGUUAAAGUAUGUACUCUUUCUUAUAUGAUUACUAAUAUAAGAUGAAUAAUGCCAUUUCUAGUUAUAUUCUACCAUUUAGUUUUUUCAUUCUAUUUCCAGAUCAUUUUGCUUCGUUCUAGAAUUUAAAUUUAGAAUCAGCAAAAUAAUCUUUUAAUAGAACAAGCUUAGUCUAGAAAUAGGUUUAAUCCUCUUAGAUUUGGUUGCUUGUGGUUUUCUAGAUCAUUUUGACUAUAUUUAAGAUAUUUUUACCUGGUAAGAUUCUUUGCAGUGUAUGCCUUUUGGUUAUUGUUGAGUAGAUGCUGCUUUUCUUCAUUAAGGACCUGAGUAUAAGUAUAUCAUCACUGGGUUCUAGGAAUUACAGUGUUUCCCAUUCCUAAUGUCAUGUACGUGGCAACUGAUUUCACACCAAUUACAUGUUGUUUGCACUGAAUAGUAUCAAUUUUGAAGAUUUAUAUUGCACUUAUGGAGAUGAGCUUGUUUUAACAGAUAUUAUUCUGCUAAGACUCUACUUGGCUCUAUUGGCAUGAUUGCCUAUAUUUGUUAUUUCAGCUUAUUUGGUACUCCUACCUUAUAGUUAAUUAUUGACCACUUUAUUGGGUAGAUCACUGGACAAGGUCCGCCAUACAUUUCAGGUUGUCCCACUGGGGGAGUCCUUCAGUUAUUUGUAGAACUGUGUAUCAUUGUUUAUCCUUUAGAAAGGGUUCUAAGCAGAGCCUGUUUUUGCUAUUAAUUAUUAAGGAUUAAUAAAUCUGUUAAAAAAGCUUUUAUUCCUAAGAGUGUAGGACCAACAGGCAUAGUGGUAUGAUUUCUGUUGCUGUUCCUGAUAUAUCCAGAGCCUGGGAUUUACGAUGCUGGAAUGAAUUGUGCAUGAUGACUUUAAUUAUGUACCCAUUGUUAUGUGCCCAAUAAAAUGGUUGCUUAAUCUAGGUACAAGGGAGAUGUACCAAAUAAAUGCAACUGAGUGUGUCACUGUUCUAUUUCAGGAAAUAUCUUUCCACAUGUUGUAUUCUGCUUGCACUGAAGAAAUAAAUAAAAACAAUCUUUGAAAGUU